UGCUGCAGUGUGUCAUCUCGAGGAGAAAACAUCAGCGAGAUAAUUUAAUUACUUAUACCUGCUCACUCACUCGGUUUCUCUCACUCUGUACCGGCUACAUUAAGGCAUGCGCUCCCGCACGCCUUCUGGAAUUGAUGUAUCGUAGCGUGCAGAUUUGGAUUUAUUCAACGUCGCUAUGCUUAAUAUUAAUGUUUUUCGCCGGGGCCGUCGGUGGCAUUACUACGGUAGCCACAAAAACAGACUUCGCCUGCGUGGCCGAGUGCAUGUGCCUAUCAAAGACCCAGAUUCUGUGUAACACGGGCGGCCUGAAGGGCAUACCCAGCAAACUGCCGGACAAUCUCGAGGAGCUGUCCCUGUCGAAGAACAAUUAUCCGGUUGUGCGCAGCGACGCUUUCAGCCAUCUGCGCUCGCUCAAGCGACUGAAUCUCGACGCCAACAACAUCCAGGAGAUACAGCGCUUCGCGUUUCGCGGCCUCAACAAGCUCCUCGUCCUGCAGAUCCAGCAGAAUCCCCUGAGCUACAUCGGCGAGUUCGCCUUUGCCGCGCUCCAGAACGUCUCGACCUUGAUUCUGGCUCACAACAAGAUCGGCUACAUCAAAGGCCGGGCAUUCGCCGGCAGCACUCAGAUACAGAACAUCAUGCUCAACAACAAUCCCCUAAAAGUCAUACACAGCAAUGCCUUCUCGGGGCUCACCUACGUGCAGAAUCUCAUACUGCCCAUCACCAUCACGAGCAUCGAGCCCGACGCCUUUAACGGCCUCGAGCACGUCGGCUUUCUCAAGAUGACGUACAUGGACCUGAAGGGCUUGAUGCCGUUUACCUUUCGUGGACUCAGGUAUGUGCACAGACUGCUGAUACAGACGAGCGACCUCGGGGUGGUGCAUCGCAACGCCUUCGCGGGCCUCGAGCACGUCAACAAUCUCGACGUGGUGAGCAACAAGAUCGACGCCAUCGAUCAGUUUCGCCUGUGCGCCAACUCGUCCAUCGUCACGUUUCGCUUCCACAAGAAUCACGUGCUGCGCGCCCCGGACUACGGCGACGCCGUGUUUCGCGUCAACUCCAGCAGCAUCGAGGGCAAUCACUUCCCCUGCGACUGCCAGAUACAUCUGGUGCUCGAGAGCGACUUCGUUCAGGGCGCCAGCGUGAACGAGUUUCGACGGCGCAACUACUGCAUCUCGACCGAGUUCAACGGCAAGUCCAUGGACGCGGUGCCGCUCGAGUCCAUCGCCACCUGCCACGAUCGCCUGACCAAGGACAAUUACGGCUUGGCCACGAGCCCAAGGUCUCGCGAUCUCGCCCUCGUAAUCUCCUGUCUCGCCCUUUACGUGCUCAAUGCCUUGAGCCUGUCCUGCAACGAUUUGCCCUCUACGUCUUCGUACCUAUAAUUUCAACGAUGUUCUUAUUUUUAUCUCGUUCAU